AUGCCCAACCCCGUCCAAGUCGCCACACGAAGAAUCGAGGUGCCCAAGCUGGGCGAGAAUGGCUAUGUCGGCUUCACGCCUGGCAAGUCAGAGGUUCUCAAGGCGGGUUCUAAUCCAUUCGACGCGAAACCUUUGAAGAGCGACAUCCAAAUCGACCACGACGUCGAGGUCGUCGUACGAGACGGUGCCCGCCUCUACAUUGACGUCUACCGCCCCGCCGGCAGCACAGAAAAAGUCCCUGCAGUCCUCAGCUGGUCCUUUUACGGCAAGAAGUACAGUGCAUUGGACAUGCUGCCCAUCUGCGUGUGGAACUGCUGCGUCCCGCGAUCUGACCUCAGCGGUCUAGAGAAGUUCGAGGGCUUGGACCCGGAGUACUGGUGUCCCAAGGGUUAUGCCAUUGUCAGCGUUGAUACUCGCGGUGCUGGCCACAGUGAUGGCCAAAUCUGCGUCAUGGGAUCACAAGAUGCUGAAGACGGCUACGAUGUAAUCGAAGCCGUGGCUAAGAUGGACUGGUGUAACGGCUCUGUGGGAAUGGCAGGCAAUUCCGCCCUGGCCAUCUCGCAGUGGUUCAUCGCCGCACAGCAGCCACCGUCGCUCAAGGCCAUCGCACCUUGGGAGGGCAUGGGCGACAUGUACCGCGAGCAAUUCUGCCGCGGCGGCUGGUUCUCCAUGAGCAACUUCGAUCUUAUUGCCAAGGCCAUCGUCCGUGGCCAACCCAACUCGGGGCUCGAAGACUUUGCUGAGAUGUACCGGAGGAGCCCAACGCAGAACGAUUACUGGAAGGACAAGAGAGUAGAUAUGACAAAGAUCAAGUGCGCUGCAUAUAUCCGCGGCUCGGACGUCAGCAGCAUUCACACCAUGGGAUGCAUCCGAGCGUGGUUGGAGAUUCCGCACGACAACAAGUGGAUUCAUUGGAGUAGCAAGCAGGAGUGGUAUGAGUUGUACUGCAUCCCUCAUGCCAUGGACGAGCUAUCAGUCUUCUUUGACCGUUAUCUGAGAGACGUUCAGAAUGACUGGGAGAAGAAGACACCCAAAGUCCGUUGGUCAGCACUACAGUUCGGCAACCGAGAGCCAAUUGACGACAUCGUCUUGGAGGGCUUCCCCGUUCCGGACACUGACUAUCGCGAGCUUCUUCUGCAACCUGACGGCAAGCUCGGCUCGGAGAAGGCAGCUUCAGCCGGAAGCGUCUCAUACAACUCAGAGGACCACAAGAGCUUUGCAGACUUUACAUACACUUUCACUGAGCCAGCUCGGCUCAUCGGUCUGCCAAAGGCCGUUCUAUACGUGUCCUGUGACAGCCGAGAUGACUUCACUGUCUUCACCAUCCUAAGAAAGAAGGAUAAGGAUGGCAAAGAUUUGAUGCAUCUCAACUUCCCCAUGAAGGCUACACCCGUGAACUCGAUCGAAGAAAUUCCGGAGAAGGACCAAGCAAGUCUUAACCUCCACCUCGGAUCCAUGGGUAUACUCCGGGCAUCGCAGCGGGCGAUCGACGAAUCCAAGAGCAUUCACCCUCAGUUCCCGUUCCACCCCCACGAGAAGCAGGAGAAGAUCGAGCCCGGCACUGUUGUCAAACUAGAGAUCGGCAUCUGGGCUAUGGGUGUUGAUUUUGACGCAGGCGAGAGUAUCAGCCUUAGAAUUGGUGGCCAAUUCCCAAGUAUCGCGGAAUACAAAAGCUUUUCCCAGCCGAGGCCGGAACACGAGCUUAACCGGGGUAGUCACACUGUCCACUUCGGUGGCGACUACCCCAGCUCUGUAAUCUUGCCCUUCACUCCACUGAAGCGGUGA